CACCCUUCUUUUUUUUUCUACAAUCAUCGCUAGGGUUUCAAUUUCUCUCUCAGCCCUUUUCCCAAAAACCCUAACCCCAACAAUGGCGGCACCAGUGGCAACAACACCAUCACAGACCGAGUCAGUACAAUGCUUCGGCCGCAAGAAAACCGCCGUAGCAGUGACACACUGCAAGCGUGGUCGCGGUCUAAUCAAAAUCAACGGGUGCCCAAUUGAGCUAGUGGAGCCGGAAAUCCUCCGAUUCAAAGCCUAUGAGCCGAUACUCCUUCUCGGACGACACCGUUUUGCAGGAGUUGACAUGCGUAUUCGCGUUAAAGGCGGAGGUCACACCUCUCAGAUCUAUGCGAUCCGUCAGAGUAUCGCGAAAGCUCUCGUCGCGUAUUAUCAGAAGUACGUAGAUGAACAGAGUAAGAAGGAGAUAAAAGAUAUUUUGGUUAGGUACGACAGGACCUUGCUUGUGGCUGACCCCAGACGUUGUGAGCCUAAGAAGUUUGGUGGUCGUGGUGCACGUGCUAGGUUCCAGAAGAGUUACCGUUGAAUUGGAGUAUGGUUUUGCUUUUGUUAUUAUCAUCAUCAUGAGAUUAUGGUUUUUUGUUAUGAAGCUUAUGGAUUUUUGACAAGUUUAAUGUUUUUGGAUUUCUGUUUAUUUUGGUGUUAAGAAUAUUGUGGUUAAAGUUUAUUAAUUUCGUUCUCUGGAUAA